GUGGUUGAACUGCACUGGAAAACUACAUCCGGUCGUCGCAUGAGGCGAGCGUUGUCGAGGUCACCGCGUAAAUCGGUGGCCAAUGAUGAUGUACAGGACAGCUCGCUCCCCGACACAUCGUUCGCGGCUUCAGUCGCCACUUUCGACCCGUCGCCGAGCUCCAGAACCUCGUCGCAUCGACACCAAGGUGGGCCAUCGUGUCGUACGCUUUGCUCGCAACAUAGUUUUGCCGACGGUCGGACAAGCACCAAGAACCAAAGCACCCGCGGGCCAGAGACAGCGACGAUUACGGAUGCAUCGCUAGACAUGACUGAUGUGGAUGCCCAGCCAAGCCUGAUGACGCAAGAUGGACCGCUCAUGUGUGGAUACCUCAACAAACUGAGCACGGGCAAGUGGAAGCGGCGGAGGUGGCGCCAGCGGUGGUUUGAACUGAACGCGAAUGGAGAGCUUGUGUACUUCAAGUUCAAGCGGACUGCGCGUCGCCAGGCGUCGUCACCACAAGGGUCAUACUCGUUGCACGAAACCGGCGCUCGGUUGACCAUCCAAGUGGACUUGCCGCGCGGCACGCCGACACCGUUUUGCUUUGCUGUGACGGUUGGCGGCACGUCAUUGCUGGUGUGUGCAGACUCGGAGCACGAAUUCCGCGACUGGACCAACAUGCUCUCGAAUGCAAUCGAUCCCUCCGGCACAACGGGUGGAGCUAUGGAGGCGGUGGCAAGCUCGACGGUAUUCGACGAGUUAAUGCGGACAGAGUUGGAAGCCUCCAACGACGAAGAUUCGCCGACUGCUGCGUCUCCGGUGGCGUCCUCUAGCAAAGCGACAAAGGUCAAAACGUCGAUAGCAGCGUCACAUGGAAUGGGGGGGUUCUGGAGCUCCCUUCAAGCAGGUGACGUUGGCACAGCGCUAGGGUCGUUGGCGGUGGUGAAUGCUAUCGUGGCCAUGCUGCGGUUUGGCAGUUGGCACAUCGUGCUGGCCACUGUGAUAGUCCUUAACGUGGCUCUUUUAUGGCGUCACAUCCGGCCAAAAGAUGGCCGCCCGUCGCACGACAAGAAUGUAGCCAUCGGGGGCUCCGCAGCAGCAGCAGGCGGGUUUCCUACCGCGCGACCAACCACGCUGGCUUCUCCCGUCAAACCCCCCGUGUCUGGCACGGUGAAUGGCUCUAAGGCUGUGGCGGGAUGCUCCAUGAAAGAAUGCCCCACUGACUCUGCGCCACACGUUUCGGGCUGCUGGACACAGCUUCAUGCGUCGCGGUUCAACGUGCGGAAAGGGCCGAGUUAUCGCCGCACAAAGACCAAAGCGCCGUCCGCUCCAGCUCUAUUAACGUUGAUGGCGACAGAUGCCUACCGGUCGUGUGGUAAAAUCGACAACAUCGGCAGCGUCGUUGACCUGCCCAGCCCCCGAGACGGCAACCGGCGCGACUUCUUGAUCAUCAACUGCCAAGUGCCUUGCUAUCCCCCGUCCAACCCGUUGUGGGGCGACCAAACGAUGGAUGGCGACGGGUUUAACUUUGUCACGUACUUUGCGAUUCCACCGGACGUGCGAGCCAAGCUGGACGAUCCAACUGAAAUGGAACCACCAAUUAAGCUCCUGCGUGGCUUUUUGGAAGAAGGAAAUGCAUUUGUAAGCCAUCGGCGGAGUCGCACACUCUCUCUCUCUCAACCAGUUUGCGACCAUAGACGGACAGGCUGAAAGCGAUCGGGAUCGUGGUGAACCCAGAAGAGCAAAAUGUCGGCCGCAUGGAGAAGCACCUCCUGGAAACGUACAAUGGCCAACCUAUUUUGACGCGGCCCCAACACCGGUUCUACCGCGGGGAUGGGUACUUCGAGGUCGACAUCGACGCGCACCUUUUCAACUUUGUCGCGCGGAAGGGUCUGUCCGGCGUCGCCGAUCACUUUGGCCACAUGAUCGUCGACUUUGGCUUUGUCCUGGAAGGCCAGGAAGAUGACGAAGUCCCCGAGCAAAUCCUUGGAUGCGUCAGGCUGUGCAAAGUCGACCUGAAAAACGCCCCCCGGCUAGCCUAGUUCCCCCACCCUUUAGUAAUCCCUUCGCGUAUUUACUCUCUUCCAA